CUUCCAGCGUUGCCCUCAGUCGUGUUCUGGAAAGAAGUCGACGAUAAUUUUAAAUUUUAAUUUAUAUUUUAAAAGUUUAUUUAAUGAUUGUGAAUAUAUAAGACCAGUCUAUGCAUAAAAGGGAUUUAAAUAAGACCAGAUUCUGAAUUAUAAUACAGUACAAAAUGUCCAAGAACAAGAAAGAUGAGGAACCCACUGAAGAAGAAGAAGCCUUUCCAAAAGUUGUUGACAAUGCGUGGUCUCUGAAGGUUCCAGAAUUCAAGAAGGGUGAUAUGAAGCAUCCGCUGGCGGAGGAGACGUCUUUCCGAAUUAUGUACCCAAAAUACAGAGAAAAAUACUUGAAGAGCUGCUGGCCACUUAUGCAGAAGAAAAUGGAUGAAUUAGGAAUCAAUGCAGAACUGGAUCUUGUUGGUGGUACUAUGACCGUUACGACGACAAGAAAGACGUGGGACCCUUAUGCGAUAAUUAAGGCCAGAGAUAUAAUGCAGCUCUUGCAGAGAUCAGUACCGUUCGAGCAUGCAAUUAGAGUUCUUGAUGAAGGGAUGACUCACGAAGUGAUAAAGAUAUCAGGAAUAGUUCGCAACAAGGAGAGAUUUGCAAAACGUCGCCAGAGACUUGUUGGUUCCAACGGGACUGUUCUGAAGGCCCUCGAAUUGUUGACAGAGUGCUAUAUUCUCAUCCAGGGAACAACCGUAGCUGCCAUAGGACCCUAUAAUGGAGUAGCAAAUGUAAUGGAUGUUGUGAAAAAGACAAUGAAAAAUAUACAUCCCGUCUAUCUGCUGAAAUGCUUAAUGAUUAAGAGAGAGCUGGCAAAAAAUCCUCAGCUGAGUAAAGAGGACUGGAGCAGAUUCUUGCCCAAGUUAACACACAGGAAUGUCCAAAGUAAAAAGCCCAAGAAUCUUGAGAAGAAGAAGCCUUACACUCCGUUCCCACCGGAACCAACUGAAAGAAAGUUCGACAAGUCACUUUCAGAGGGAAAAUACUUUGUCUGCGAAGACCAGAAGGGCAAAGGGAAGAAGAGGAAGUUUGAUGGCAAAGAGAAAUAUGAACCUGGAGCCAGGCGCAAGGAGAAAAGAGCCAAGCCAUUUAUCCCACCCGAAGAGCCAAAAUAUUUGGGUCAACAUGCCAAGGGAAGUUCUGAAGUGGACAUUGCUUCUCUGAAGAAUAAAGUUAAAAAAGCAAAGAAACAUCAUCCUACGACAAAUUAUUAAUGUGUUCCAUUUAUCUUUGAAAAUAUUUGUAAUUUGGUAAAAUAUGUACUAAAUCAAUAGAAAAUGUUUGUAAUUUGAUAAAAAAUUUAAUAAAUCAAUAAAAAUUGUUGGAAUCAG